AUGUCUGGUGUCUACCGAUCUUCUCACAGGUCUCAUUACGCAACUUCUUUUGCAGCGCAUAUGAUACCAAAGUUGGUGUCCAUCAACAGCAACCUUUUAUACUACAACCAAUAAGUGCGCGGUGGUUCAGGUGUUAUUUUCAGCCCAACAACCAUCUUUACAUCGACUGCAAUAAGCGUAGACAGACUAACCACUCUUGCUUUGCGCCUGGCAUAUAGAAAUGUUGUCACAUUAAGGCGAGUUCGAGCGGCUGUGUUUUGUUUUGGUUGUUGA